AUGAGUAACACUAGCUAUUUCAUAUGGUGGAUUUUAUGCAUACUUCCACUAAUCCAUAGCCUAACCCCAAAGUCUCCAAUCCAAUGCAACCAAACAAUCUGCACUCUUGAAAACUCCUACGGAACAUGGAACGACCGCAAAACAUGUUACGCUCUCAAUGUAACAUACCCAACAACAGAACAACAGCUUCGUUUAGCAGUUUCCUAUGUUGUUCAAAACAACCUCAAAGCCAAAAUCGUCACCAAAUUCUCACACACAAUCCCAACACUCUCGUGUCCACAGCAGAAUAAUCAUGCUUUUUUUAUAAGCACGGAAAAAUACGAUUCUGGAAUCGAAAUUGAUGCAGAAAACUUGGCUGUGACAGUUGAUUCAGGUGUGAAACUUCGCGAGUUGAUUGAUGAGGUUGAGAAAAAUGGGUUUAGUUUGGUGAAUGCACCUUAUUGGGAGGGUGUUACAAUUGGGGGUGUUGUUAGCACUGGCGCACAUGGGAGUUCUUGGUGGGGUAAAGGUGGUGCUUUUCAUGAACAAGUUUUGGAAAUUAGUGUUGUUGUUCCUGCUUCUAAAUUUGAAGGAUAUGCUAAGAUUUUGAGAUUGGAUUCACAUCAUCCUCUCUUUCAUGCUGCUAAAGUUUCUCUUGGUGUUUUGGGUGCUAUCUCCAAGGUAAAGUUAUCAAUUGAGCAUAGGUUCAAGAGAAGUGUGACAUUCAAUUUCACAGAUGAUAAUGAUAUUGAAAAUGUGUAUAUAGAUCAUGCAAAGAAGUAUGAGUUUGCAGACAUAACAUGGUAUCCCUCAAGACAUACCGCUGUUUACAGAUAUGAUUUCAGGGUCCCCUUAGAUUCGUCUGGCGAUGGAGUUUUUGAUUUCAUUGGAUUUCAAGCCAAUUCCAUUUUGAUCCCUGAAUCUGUGAGAGGAGCAGAGAAAUUUCUGGAAAACACAGGAAACUCAAAAGGUAAAUGCUUAACAGCAUCAACUACAUUGGAAUUCAAGAAAUUAACUGCCAACGGUUUAAAAAACAAUGGUCAAAUCUUCACUGGCUAUCCUGUAAUUGGUUACCAAGGAAAAAUGCAAACCUCGGGUUCAUGUUUAUAUUCAUCAAGAAUCGACACAUCAUGUGCUUGGGAUCCAAGAAUCAAAGGAUUGUUCUUCUAUGAAUCAACAGCAAUUUUCCCUGCUUCGAAAUUUGGAGACUUUAUCAAAGAUGUGAAAAAGCUAAGAGACAUAAAUCCACAGAAUUUCUGCGGCAUAGACAACUAUAAUGGAAUUUUCAUACGUUACAUUAAAGCCUCAGAAGCAUAUCUAGGACCAUCCGAAGAUUCUAUAGUGAUCGAUUUCAAUUAUUAUCGCGCAAAUGACCAGUUUACGCCUAGAUUAAACCAAGAUGUUUGGGAGGAAUUGGAACAAAUGGCAUUUUUUAAGUAUGGUGCUAAGCCACAUUGGGCUAAGAAUAGGAACUUAGCAUUUCUAAAUGUGCAACAAAAGUAUCCUAAGUUUAGUGCUUUUAUUGAUGCUAAAAAACAAAUGGAUCCUCAAAAUGUGUUUUCUGGUGAUUGGUCUGAUGAGAUAUUGUAUGGGAAGGAAUUGGUGAAAUUGGAUGGAUGUGCUUUGGAAGGAAUGUGUGUUUGUUCAGAAGAUAGACAUUGUAGUCCACAAAAAGGGUAUCUUUGUACUCAUGGACUUGUGUAUAAAGAAGCUAGAGUUUGUAGGCUUUUAUCAACUUCUGUGAGCACUGAUUCACUCUAA